AUGGAUUUAGAGUCUAACCCUGGUCCUGCUCAGUCUGAUAAUAUAAAUUACCGUUCAACCAAUAAUACGAACAUGGCUAAAAUCUUCUCAAACCAAGGUAACAUUAAGAUUGCUCAUCUAAACAUCCUUUCCCUAAAGAACAAAGAGCACUACCUAUACUGGCACAGGAUCUGGUCCUAAAACAGAAAUUUGACAUUUUCACCAUCUCAGAAACUUGGCUGGACACUUCUGUUACGGAUACUGAAAUUGAAUUCCCGGGAUAUGCUCUGCUUCGACUUGAUCGCAAUGGUAAGAGAGGAGUUGGUGUCUCUGCCUACGUCAACCAAAGCUUCAAAUGUGAGCCAAUGAAAGAUCUGACCUACAUUUCGGAAUCUGGUUUACAUCAGUUAUGGCUAAAGAUGCAAGAUUACUGUCCACCUGACACCAGCUUGUCUUGUUUUGAAACUGAUUUCAGCGAAACAUCAACGUCAGCUUUGUCCUUUAACAAACCGAUCUACAUUCUGGGAGAUCUCAACUGCAAUGUACUUGAUGCGAAUGAUCCGGGACAAUGUGCUCUUUCAAAUUUUUGUAAAGGCUUGUUUUAA